UGCCUGCCAUCCCAGGACGGGACGGACCUCCUUGUUUCUUUCCUCGCCACCCCGCGCUGCCCGUCCAUCCAUCGCCGAUCCGUCCAUGACCUCACCUCCCACUGCUCCUCCCACAUCUCACUAACCCAUCGGCGUCGCCUUGGCUGCCUGUGUGUAUUUAUAGGCGCGCGCCCACGUACGCGGCCUGCCAGUGCCAGGAGCAGACCGCGCGCGCGCCCCGUCGACCGCCAUGGCCGUGGACCUGCAGCGCCUGCGCCACAUGCUGCUCGCCACCGGCGGCGGCCACCACCAGCUCGCCAACCGGCCGGGCGCCUCCGCGGCUGCCAUGCCUGCGAGCGGGCCUUGCUACGGCGCCGCGGUGACGGGCCAGCCGUACGCGGACCUCUUCACGCCGCCGCCGACGAUGUCGGCCGCGGACCAGUACUCGGAGCUGUUGGCGCUGGCCGCGGUUGAUCUGGCGAGGAAGGGCGACGGCGCCCAGGAAAUGACCUCCGGCAACAAGCGGAGGCGCGUCGACGAGGGGUCCUCGUCGGUGCUCGGCGAAGUUCUUGCGGCCCACGCGCAACAGCAGGCCGUCGCCGUCGACCACAUCCUGCACAGACAUGCGAGAAAGAUGUGGGCUGCUCUGGCGGAGCAGAGGCGGAGCCACCUGCGGCUCAUCGUCUCCACCGUGGAGGCCAGGGCGGCGAAGCGGCUCAAGGCCAAGGACGACGAGGUCGAGCGGGUCCGGGGCAUGAACUGGGCGCUGGAGGAGCGCCUCAGGAGCCUCUACAUGGAGGCUCAGAUGUGGCGCGACGUCGCGCAGUCCCACGACACCGCCGCCAACGUGCUCCGCGCCGACCUGCAGCGGGUGCUCGACGCGCAGGCGGUCCGCGGCGGCGGCGGCGGCGGCGACGGCGACGGUCAGGACGACGCCGAGUCGUGCUGCUGGGGGGAGAACCAGGUGCCCAUCUGCGCGGAGGAGGAGGCCGAGGUGGGCACGCCGGCCCCGACAGGAGGAGUCGGAAGGUGCAAGGGGUGCGGCGACGGCGCGGCCGCGGUGCUGCUGCUGCCGUGCCGGCACCUCUCCGUGUGCGCGCCGUGCGCGGCCUCGGCGCAGGCGUGCCCGUCGUGCGGAUGCGCCAAGAACGGCAGCGUCUGCGUCAACUUUUCGUGAUGCGGGAGGAAUAGUUUUAGAGUAGGGUCGACUUUUCUUAGCUUUAUUUUCUUCAUCCUUUUUUUCUGUUCCCCUUCUUUUGUUCAGUUAGCUUUUUGCUCAAACUGUUGGAUCAGUUGUUCAACAAGAAGAAAAACACAGUCCCUAGUAUUGCAUAUCAA